CAAAUGCUAAACUGCGGGGCAGCUUGCAUGAACCCGACUGUGCUGCCGUGAGGCCUUGAACCUCCGUCGCGCGAGGCUCGAGUCCUCGACGUCCAGGGCUUGACGUAGGCGGUUGGGUAGCACUAGGCCUGGCCAAAUCUUCUGCCGCCGCUCCCUAUUUCUCAGCCGUUGUCGGUCGAUCUGCCACCCUCGGGACAAGGGUGCGGCACUGACUAAGGGCACGGCACCAGGGCACGACGCAGCGCGCCCGGGAUGAGCAACGUUUGACGUCGAGGCCUGCAGCCGUUCACAAACGCUCCAGCAGCCUAAUUCGACCGCGGCAUGGUGGCACUCGGCCGGUGGCACCUGUGCUCCUGGUCAGUGUCUCGCGACGACACAUCCCCGCCACCGUCGCCUUUGUCUGCUCCGCCGAUCCUAGUUCAACCUCGCCCAUCGUCGCCAGUCCAGGAAGCUCCUGACAAGCCCGCGGGCUGUCGAAUUCGCCGUGUCCGCUACCCAACGCUCCCCGAAGUAUUCCCCGUGCGGGUCGGUGACACAGCUGCGAAGGUUUAUUAAGAGAUCCUUGUCCUUAAAAUUCAAAAUUCCAUCUAAAAUCCCCCUAAACAGACCCGCCUUGGCCUCCCAUUGGUC